UAUCCCGAAGUCGUUUGCAUAUCCGGCAGGGUUGCGAUUUUAAUAAGAGUAAGGAGGGUAAAGGGGACGCCGCGAAUACAUCAAUUAGUCUUAUCAAGUCUUGUUGUCUCUGAGUUUUGUGACCAUGGCGGAUCCGCUGAGUUUACUACGACAGUAUAAUGUUAACAAGAAGGAAAUAAUCGAACGCGAGAAUCAGAUUAUAUUUGGCGAGUUUUCCUGGCCCAAGAAUGUCAAGACCAAUUAUCUGACUUAUGGAUCCGGAAAAGAAGGGACACCCAAGGAAUAUUAUACACUCGAGUGUCUUUUAUUUCUGCUCAAACAUGUUCAACUUACACAUCCAGUGUAUGUGCGACAAGCAGCCGCGGAGAAUAUCCCAGUGGUGCGUCGACCUGACAGAAAAGAUUUGCUGGCCUAUCUCAAUGGCGAGACUGCUACGUCAGCCGCCAUAGACAAAUCGGCGCCUUUGGAAAUUCCAACACAGGUGAAACGUGCCGCCGAAGAUGGCUUAGAAAGCGGUUCAUCGAAAAAACCCCGUUUCGAAGAGACCCACGUGCAGAAGGUGAAGGAACAAUUAGCUGCACGUCUGGAUGCUCCUAAGGAAGCCUCAGUUACCGUCGAUAAUAUCAAAUCCCUCUCGGAGGCAAUGUCAGUGGAAAAGAUUGCUGCAAUCAAGGCAAAACGUUUGGCGAAAAAACGUACUACUAUCAAGGAGAAUGAUGAUAUUGGCAUGGGUUCGGAUCUACGCGUAAUCCUCGACAUGGAUGUAGACGAUACAAAAGACAUCGUGUCCCGCGAGCGUCAAUGGCGAACACGCGCCACUAUCUUGCAGAGUAGCGGCAAGAUCUUCGCAAAGAACAUCUUUGCGAUUCUGCAAAGUAUUAAGGCACGUGAAGAAGGAAGACAGAAGGGUCCGAUCGUGCCUACGCCCAUGGUGACGCCGCGCUCGACACCCAUGAGGCCUCUUCCACAACCAGCCGUCUACAAUCGUUACGAUCAGGAACGUUUCAUCCGACAGAAGGAAGAAACAGAAGGCUUUAAGAUCGACACCAUGGGAACGUAUCACGGCAUGACUCUAAAGUCCGUAACUGAGGGCACAAAUCCCGCCGUGAGGAAACCCCCGACCAAUCCGUCCGCCACGCCAACCUCUGGUUUACUGCCAACAUCCGCCGCUAAACUAACGCCUCAGCAAGCCGCGCAGAACAAACGACCCAGUCGAACGCCCAUUAUCAUCAUUCCUAGUGCCAACACAUCUCUCAUUACAAUGUACAACGCUAAGGACAUUCUCCAAGACUUGAAGUACAUUAGUAAUGAGGACAAACGAUCGCAGGGGUGCAAGCGAGAGAAUGAGGUACUUCUUCAACGGCGGAAGGAAGGUGGUCUGACCGUACCUUACCGAGUAGUUGAUAAUCCACAAAAACUCACAAAUGCCGAUUGGGAGAGAGUCGUUGCUGUGUUUGUUAUGGGACCGGCUUGGCAAUUCAAAGGUUGGCCAUUUGAUGGCAACCCAGUGGAAAUCUUUUCAAAAAUAUGCGCGUUUCACUUGAAAUAUGAUGAAAUGAGGCUGGACACAAACGUAGCGCGAUGGGCUGUCACAGUGAUUGAAUUGAGUCGGACAAAGAGACAUUUGGAUAGAGCAGCGUUAAUGAUAUUUUGGGAACAUCUCGAUAAGCAUAUGAUCAAGAACAAGCCGCAUCUUCGUUUUUGAAAUGAUAAAGCGAUUCAGAUUGCAGAAAUGGCAAUAUAUUGAUCCCUGCGUCCCAUGUUCCCAUCGAUUGGAAUUUUUACUAGAAGAUAUAGGACCGUGAGGUUCUUUGCCGAUGGUGUUGCGACGCGCGAUUAUUCGCGGAUAAAGGUAUCUGCGAUAAGCAAUGUGAUGUGUGAUAACUGAAUCGUUGUCAUAUUACGUUAAAUGUGUUUACAUUUUAUUGUUGCUUGCACGAAUAAAAUACGAAAAAAAUUGCAA